AUGGCAGCCAGCAAAGCGUCCCGCAUUGGGGAAGAAAUCUGGAAAACUCGCAUAGAUAAAGUAAAUGCCGAGCUGGUGACAUUGACAUACGGAACCAUUGUUGCGCAGCUAUGCAAGGAUUUCGAAGACGACUACCCAGAGGUCAACCGCCAACUUGACAAGAUGGGCUACAACAUCGGUCUACGUCUCAUCGAAGACUAUCUGGCAAAGUCAAAUACAAUGAAGCGCUGCUCCAACUUUCGGGAAACCGCAGACAUGAUAUCACGGGUUGGAUUCAAAAUAUUUUUGAAUAUUACACCACAAGUGACAAACUGGACAACUGACAACAACUCAUUUUCUCUGGUAUUCGAUGAGAACCCGUUUGCCGAUUUUGUCGAGCUACCGGAUGACGGAAGGGCGCAGAACGAACUCUGGUACUCCAACAUUUUGUGUGGAGUGUUGAGAGGGGCAUUGGAGAUGGUUCAGAUGCAGGUGGAAGCGCACUUCAUCAGCGACGUCCUAAGGGGGAACGACACUACAGAAAUGCGGGUAACAUUGAUACGCUACAUUGACGACGAGCUGCCGCCGGAAGACGAUUGA